UAAUUUUGUAAACAAGGCUUGAACGAGGCUUAAGUGUCAACUGUCAAGUGACUAAAUGUAAUAAUCACAUGAGUAAGUUUAUUGACAUUUUUAAUCCUUAUAAAUAAUAUGAAAAUAUCGACAAAAAAAACCACUCACUGUGAUUGUUACAAGUAAAUUUAAAAAAAAAACUACACAAUUAAAUAAGCUAAAACUGUUGUGUUAAUUAAAAACAAUAUGAGUAUUUUUCAUAGAUUAAGAAAUCCAUGUUCAUGGAGAAAUGGUGUUAAACAAAUUCCUCUUGAUGCAAUUAUUCCAAUUUUUGCUGUACCAUUGUUAGCAAUAAUUGCUUCAAAAACAAUUUACACAACAUUAAUUGUAUUUGUAACAUGUCCAAUAGUUGUUUAUCAUUUACAUCAUAAUUUUUUACGUUUUUUACCACGUUCAAAAUUUUUUUUAAUGUGGACAAUUACAAGUGUAUUAAUGUUAAUGUUAGUAUUUGAAUUUUGUGUUGUGCCAUUAUUAGAAAUAUUACCUGAAGAAAAUUUAGUAUUUAUAAUUUGUGUAUUUGGUGCUAUUAUUUGUGGUUAUAAAACACGUAUUAAUACAGAUAAAAAUUGUGGUAAUCAAGAUAGUACUGGUCUAUUUGAUGUAGCAACUGGAAGUGAAGAGGCAUCAUCAAGAGUAUACUACUGUAGAAUUUGUCAAACUUCAAUUCUUGGUAGAGAAUAUCAUUGUAAAUGGUUGGAUUGUUGUAUUGGCUCAAGUAAUUUACAAUGGUACCUGACAUGUUGUCUUUUGUCAGCAGUUGCAUUUAUUUAUGGUUCAAAUCUUACCAUGACAAGUGUUUGUCAUCCAUUUAUACUUGUUGGAACAGUUUUAUUGCCAGAUGAUUGCAGUGAUGUAUAUCAUCAAUUUGACUUGGCAUUGUGUUUUGUUUCAUCAGUUUACAGUCUUGUCAUUGGUAUUGUCGUUGUUGGCUAUCUUAUUUAUCACUCCUGGCUAAUUUUCAAAGGCACAACUGCACAUGAAAGACGUUUAAAUAAUAGUAAUACAUCAUCUGAUAAUGGAGUCUUCAAUGGCUUAUCUCAACUUGUAUGUUGUCAAUCAUAAAGCUAUCAAAAUUUAGCUAUUUGCCAAAUACAAAUUCAACAGUUAUUUGCGCUGAUUUAAAUAAGCAUUUGCAAUAAUAAAAUUGACUGAUUGAUUACUAGAAAAUAUAAAAUAUUUUCUUGUUGUCAGCUUCAAUUUUAUGCUCUGAUAUAAUUGUGCUGUGAUGAAUACAACAUAUGGCAAAAAACAAAAAAGUAGUAUUUUAAAAACUGGCAUUUAAAAUUCAUAAUAAUAAUUGACAAGUUAUCUCAUUGAGGAAUUUAUAAAAGGUAUUCAUUAUUAUUUAUUUUCAUUCAUUUUUCAAUCGUUCAUUUUCAUUUAAUAUCACUUGAUCUACUUACUAAAAGUUUUAGUAAAAUUAUUAUAACUACAGUUGUGAAUAAAAACAAAAUUAUAAAAAUUAUUCUUUUACAAGCAGUUUGUAAAUAAUUAAUUUAUUUAUUAUUAUUUUAAGUUAAAAAUCUAUUGACAUCACGUAUCCAAUUUAAUUAAAAUUUUGUUGACAAUCAAAUGGUUAUCAAGCUUUCAUUUGAUCAUAAAGUUAAAUUAAAACACUAAAUUCAUUUUUACAACAAAAAGUAUAAUUAGAUUAUACAAAUGUAAUAAUUUUUUAUUGACAUGAUAGUUAAAUUUUUAUAAUAAUAUUAGUUAUUCAUUGUAGUUCAAUGAUGUGUCAAUAAUGUUGAUGAUUAAUUGCAUUUUUUUUUAAGACUUCAAGUCGAUGUAUCGUUUGACUUUGUGAGUUUUUUUUUGUUAUUAAUAUCAGUAAAUAUUUGAGAAUAAUUAAAGCAUGACUAAUAACUAAAUUUUCAUGGCAGAUAAAUAUUAACAUUUAGAAAAGGUAUUUUUGAUCCACCCAGAAAAUAAAAUAAUAAAAAAUUCGAAUUGCCCACAAAAAAUGAUAAUAAUUUAACCCAAGAAAAAUUCAAACUACCUAUAAAUGUAAAACAAAGAAUAAAAGUUAUCGGUUUAGGUCUAUUUAUAUGGAGGGAUAUUAAAUUGGACAAUUAAAACCCUGACCCUUGCUGAUUCAGCCUUUUUUCUAAAUGCCAUUUGACCCUAACAUCCCUUAUUUUUUUAUUUGGUAAACGCAGAUUGCCUUGAUGUGAAAACAUUAAAUUUUAAAAUGAUCAAUUUAUAUUAAAAAUUACUUUAUUCUUUAAUCAUCUGAUAAACUAAUUAUUUUAUUUUUUAAUUUAAUUAUUUAUUAAUAAAAAAUUCUAGAUAAAAAGUAAAAUUAAUUUUUUAUUUAAAAAAAAUUAUACGAGGGUUUAAAAUAAUUGUAAAGAAGAAAAUAUUUUUCAUUUCAUACCAAUGAUUUCAGUAGUUACAAAAAAAUAUUGAUUUUAAAAUAAUUCAAGUAUUUUUAUUAGUAAAAAAUAAAGUUCUGAGACGUGCAUAAGUACAUUGUUCUAUAUUUUAUAAUUUUUAUUUUUCAAGUCAAAGGUAUGAGGUCAAGUACCGCGUCAUUUUAAUGAGUUAGUUGACAUACAAUAUACACUGAAGAAUAAAAAUAUUUCAUUAAAGUAUAUGCCCUGUUACAAGUAACUUUAUAAUAUAUUUUAUUCCUUUUUUUUUUAAGUAUAUAUAUACUCAAAAUUAGAACACACGAAAAUACGAAAAUAUAAUUUAUUCAAUAGAAAAAAAAGAAAAAUAUAAAUUCAUGUUUAUA